UGUUUCGCUGCAGAGGGAUGCUCCGCAGCCCCACGCUGGACCAACCAGCCUGGAAAUCCCUGCUCAUAGGCACGUAGCACCCAACCAAACACACAUCCACACUGACUGCAAUCAGAGUCCCUCAAGCUCCCAGCAUCUGUGCCACAUCUCCCCUGUCUCCUCCCUCUCCUCCUCCUCUCUCCCUGUACAGCCCUCCGACGCUCUGUCCUCUGCAUUUCUGACUCACUCAGCUCUCCUUCCUCCUGUCUGAGCCCAGCCGAAGCGCACCACUCGGGAACUAUGUCCUCCAACCUGCCCUCCGGAGCCACGGCCGGGGGAGCCGGGGUCAAAAACAAGCCCCUCUCCCCCUUUAGGAAGCGGGGAAGCCUGCAGUACACAGCCAGCACAGUUGAUCUCCGUGGUGCUCGCCACCUCCUCACUUCCCAGCAUUCCUUGCCUGGGAUCCCUGUGGCCUUGAAACAGUCCAUUGACCUGCGUACUUCCAUGGAUGGGAAAUACAAGGAGAUUGCCGAGGAGCUGUUCUCCCGCAGCCUGGCAGAAAGUGAGAUGCGUAGCGCCCCCUAUGAGUUUCCUGAAGACAGCCCCAUCGAACAGCUGGAGGAGAGACGCCAGCGCCUCGAGCGACAGAUCAGCCAAGAUGUCAAGUUUGAACCCGACAUCCUCCUUCGAGCCAAACAGGAGUUCAUGAAGACUGACAGUGCCACAGAUCUUGAAUACAUGAAGGAACAAAGCGAAACUCCAGACCUGCAGGAGAGAGACUUGGUUGCAGAGAAAGAGUACCAGCGAGUCACUAUUUCAGGAGAGGAGAAAUGUGGGGUUCCAUUCACAGAUCUGUUGGAUGCUGCCAAAUGUGUGGUGAAAGCUCUGUUCAUUAGAGAAAAGUACAUGGGUCUGUCGAUGCAGAGCUUCUGCAGGACCACAGCUCGAUACCUGCAGGAGCUCAGCGAGAGACCUCUGGAUUUAGACAUCUACGAGGAGGAGAUCCCAGAGACCACAGUCACUGCAGAUGCCACAGUGCACCCACCUGUUUCUGAAACGCACCCCUACGAGAACCAGGAUCCUGCCAGCAUGCCCCCCGACAUGGGCUACGGCUGUAAGAUGGUGGGCGGUGUCAUGCAUGUUUACACCACCAGGAGCACGAUGGAAAAGAGCACAGAGCUGGACCUGCCGUAUCCAGACCUGCAGGAGUACAUCGCUGACAUGAACGUCAUGAUGGCCCUCAUCAUCAACGGACCAGUAAAGUCCUUCUGCUAUCGCCGUCUGCAGUACCUCAGCUCCAAAUUCCAGAUGCACAUCCUGCUGAACGAGAUGAAGGAGCUCGCAGCGCAGAAGAAGGUCCCACAUCGAGACUUUUAUAAUAUCCGUAAGGUCGACACGCACAUUCACGCUUCAUCCUGCAUGAACCAGAAGCAUCUUCUACGUUUCAUCAAAAGAGCCAUGAAGAAGUAUCCUAAAGAGAUCGUUCACGUGGAACGAGGGAAGGGCCAGACGCUCAUGGAGGUGUUUGAGAGCAUGAACCUGACGGCCUUUGACCUCAGUGUCGACACUCUGGACAUGCAUGCGGAUCGCAACACUUUCCAUCGGUUUGACAAGUUCAACGCCAAAUACAAUCCCAUUGGCGAGUCCAUCCUGAGGGAGAUCUUCAUCAAAACGGACAACUACAUCGAGGGGAAAUACUUUGGUCACAUCAUUAAGGAGGUGAUGGCCGACCUGGAGGAGAGCAAAUACCAGAACGUGGAGCUCAGGCUGUCGAUCUACGGUCGAUCCAGAGAUGAGUGGGACAAACUGGCCUCGUGGGCUGUAAAACAUAAGGUCUACUCUGAUAAUGUGCGCUGGCUCGUUCAAGUACCACGACUGUUCGACGUCUACCACACAAAGAAACAACUGUGCAACUUCCAGGAAAUGCUGGAGAACAUCUUCAUGCCUCUGUUUGAAGUUACGGUCGACCCCAGCAGCCACCCAGAGCUGCACCUCUUCCUCCAGCACGUUGUGGGCUUCGACAGCGUGGAUGAUGAGUCCAAACCAGAGCAACAUAUCUUCAACCUGGAUAGUCCGCUGCCGGUGAACUGGACGGAGGAGGACAACCCGCCGUAUUCCUACUACCUCUACUAUAUGUAUGCAAACAUGACUGUGCUGAAUCACCUGCGCAGGCAGCGGGGGUUCCACACACUCGUCCUACGUCCUCAUUGUGGGGAGGCCGGACCGAUCCAUCAUCUGGUGUCUGGUUUCAUGCUGUCAGAGAAUAUCUCACAUGGGCUGCUGCUCCGGAAGGCUCCUGUGCUGCAGUAUCUCUACUACUUGGCCCAGAUUGGCAUCGCCAUGUCUCCUCUCAGCAAUAACAGCCUGUUCCUCAGCUACCAUCGUAACCCUCUGCCGGAGUAUCUGUCCAGAGGCCUCAUGGUCUCUCUGUCUACAGACGAUCCUCUGCAGUUUCACUUCACCAAGGAGCCCUUGAUGGAAGAGUACAGCAUUGCUGCUCAGGUGUGGAAACUGAGCUCCUGCGACAUGUGUGAACUUGCCAGAAACAGUGUGCUGAUGAGUGGAUUCUCUCACAAGGCGAAGAACUACUGGCUCGGCCCGAACUACAUCAAGGAGGGACAGGAGAGCAACGACAUCAGGCGCACCAACGUCCCCGACAUCCGGGUGGCGUAUCGCUACGAGACCAUGUGUGAGGAGCUCAAUCUGAUCACGCAGGCCAUUCGCACUGAUGAGCUGGAGACCAUCGAGGAGGAGGGGAGUCUGUGUAUGGGAGCUGUGCAGGCAGAGAAGUGAACAUGCAAGCACAACACAAACCAAGCUCUCAUCACAUUCCCUCCGUUUCCACAUCAGGACAUUGUACAGAUUUGGAUAUAAACAUAUCAUGUCUGUGAAAAGUUACAGGAGGAUUCUGAGAGCUGCUGCUGUGGAAAUAAGAGAGAGGACCUACGAUCUGUGUACCAAAGUGUUUGCUUCCUUUAGUCUCUGUGUGUCAUCCUCUGUUUAAUCUGUCAGUGAAUGAAUAAUGUCUCUUGAUCAUUUAUGUUGAAAAAAGAAAUAUAUUUCCAUGGUUUGUGACCUUUUUUCCUGUACAAUGUCUGUAAUUCCUGUACCGAGCCUCGAGUAAUGUGCAUAUUCAGAGUUUAACUCAUUAAUAAAACGUAUACAGAGAAUCCAAAACCCAGGAGAGAAUCUGGAACAACUUCACGAAGAGACGAGCAUUUAUUACAAACAGGACUGGAAUUAGCAUUGAGAACACUGAGGUUAUAUUUUUGGCUUCUUCUUGCCCUGUUUUUAGGUUUCAAUUUGCUAUUCUUAUCAUCAUGGUCCAUUUUUUUAGCAUGUUUCCUGGAAAAACUAUAUUCUGGUAUUAAUUUAAACAAAAAAGACAAUAUUCUGAGACAUAUUUAGUUUUUUAAAUUUAAUUUAGAGUUUAGUUAGUUGGUGUUCUCUGCAGUCGGUUGUACCAGCUCUUCUUAAAUUCAAACUUAUACUAAGUGUAACACACGGUGCUAUUAAGUGGAAAUUUAAAUUCACACUACCAAUCCUGUUCAUGCAUAAAGACUACUAAAAUCAGUCUUAACCUGUCGAUGGAAAUGGAUUUUGGUUGGGUAAAGCUACAGAAGUUUCCUGUUAGAUGUACAAAUGUCCGUAGUCUUUAUCCAUCCUCUAAGAGACGUUUUAAGUUUAAUUAUGCAACAUGACUCAGCAAAUCCAGCAGUUAGUAAUGGAACGGCUCAUCUGUCAGGCUUCUCGUUCCGUCUUUUUGUCUUCGCUUGACAGCUGCUCUGGUGGAUCAUUGGAGAGUUAUCUGCACCCCAGAGGUGGGAGUGGUUAGUGUUACAAAAGCUCGCUGUCACACUCCUGUUCUCCAUGACCUAUAUAUCUCAUUCUGCCUGAUCCCAGUCUUCACCCUAAAGCCUGCUCUAAACCCUCAGACGUCUCUGCUGCAGUGUUUGACUGUCAGUCCAACAGGCACAAAAGAAGGAUUACAAAAGCAAACUCUGAGUUCCAGCUCAGUUGUUCAUUCUCUGCAAUAUUCCCGGGUUUAUUUAAGGUUCAUUUAAGCACAGUGGCUCGGUGGUUAACACUGUCAUCUUGCAGCUAGAAGAUCCACGGUUUGUGUCCCGGCCUUCCCGGGAUCUUUCUGCAUGGAGUUUGCAUGUUCUCCCUGUGCAUGUGUGGGUUUUCUCUGGGAACGCCGGCUUCCUCCUACAGUCCAAAAACAUGCUGUGGUUAACUGGUGAUUGUAAAUAGUCUGUAGGUGUGAAUGUGAGUGUGAUUGUUUGUCUCCAUGUGUAGCCCUGUGAUAAACUGUUACCUGUCCAGGUGUCCUCUGCUUUCACCCUGAGUCAGCUGGAAUAGACUCCAGCCCUCCUAAUGAGGAUUAGGCGGUGUAUAGAUGAUGGAUGAAUGGAUGCUUGUUGCACAAGAACCAUGGAAAGACUCUCAGAAAGUUGAAAAUAUGACCAUUUUUCAGUUUUUACAGUUUCUGGCCCUGAUAAAUGGUGCAAUUUUGGGUGUUUUUUUUUUUAAAGAAAGUGUUGAGCAUGUUUGUUUAUUGAGAUAGAAAACAAGCAACUUCUCAAUUAAGGUUGUUUACUCUGCAACCAGUAGCUUGAUCAAGGACCAUUACUGUUCAGAGGACUGUAGUUAAAAGUGUUAAUCUGAAUGCGUCUUCGCAGUAAUGGAUGAAAUUCACCAUGUACAGAGUGUAUUUAUGAAAAUGUGAAACAAUCCUAUUGAUCAAAAACUGUUGGAGAGGAACCGCUCUCAUCUCAGCCCUCUUGUCGUUGGUGCUCAGGCUUGUCCUUUAGCCUGUUGGCACAUGAUCCACAACCCUCCCUACUGUGAUUCAUGUAUGUAUCGUCAUUGACUUUAAGCCUUGCCAGUAGGUUUUAUACACUGAAGCACAUGAUGUGUGACAGCUUCACAAGGAAAGAACAGACUGCAUCUGUUGGCUAAAAUCACCCACCCUGGCUACUGGUUGGACCAAACCAAAAAGUAAGCUGGGACAGACUCCAGCAACCCUAAUGAGAAUUAAGCGGUGUAUAGAUAAUGGAUAGAUAAUGGAUCAAUGGUCAGGAAAGUCACUAACAUCUUCAAAUCCUACUCAGAAAUUUGGCAGAAAUACGAACAACUCUACAAGUGUCCAGUAAACAACCACGAUGGCGAGCACUUUUGGAUUUCUUCCCUCAUUCAUUCUUGCUUGAGGACAUUAUGAGGGGUCAACGACAACCGCAUUUAUACAACAGCAAUUUAACAAUAAACUAUGGAAAAGUCCUGGAGAUAAAUCUGCAGACUCAUAGAAUUGGCGUUGUAAAGUCCGUAUCAGAGCCUUCAUGACAGGGCACGAUUUUAAAAUGACUCAGAAGGAGACAUGCACCAAAGUUUCAGGAGUCCAUGAGAUCAGAUUGGGCUUCAUUUGGCACCCUUACUUAGAUUUAUAAUCCUAACACUCCUUACUCUACAGAAGCAGGCGUUUUUUUUUUUUACAACAUUUUUUAUGCAUUUUGUCCUCUCGUUUAACAUGCAGAUGCAGCUUUAGGUCGCUGCUGUUUGAAAUACCGACAUGUUUUUUUGUCGUGUCACAGCAGAGGUUUCUCUGUUAUCUCCUUCCUGUACAUGAGCCAGAUUUGUGCAAUGGUUGACGUAGCAAAAGUUGUGCCAGUGCUGAUGCUGCAAAAGACAGAUACUGAGGUGUAACUUUACUUCGUAUCUCAAUGUGCGGUUGUUCGCAAUCCAGCUUCUGAUUGGCUAACGUGCUUUACCAUCAUCCACUUUAUGAUCAUAUCACCACUUGUUGUUUCAUUGCUUUUGGCGGUGCUUCAGUUGUGUUUAUGAAUUUAAAUAUGGAUGAAGAUUUCUUCAAAACAGCACCUGCAUGGGAGGGAACACAGUUUGUUCAUUUAUUUUUUUAAAUAUGCAGUGCAAAAAGAUGCCAUUGCUGUUGAUGUGUAGACAAAGGAAACUUUUUUUCAUCAUGUCACAGCAGAGGUUGCUCUCUUAUGUCAUUCCUGUAUUUGUGCCAGCUAUGUGCAAUGGUUGACGUGGCAAAAUUGUGCUGGAACUGACACUGCUAAAAAACAUGUGCCACUGUUGGUAACCUGCUGGAACUGAUAGCCAUUGUUUUGCUGCUUCUUAUUCGCUAGCGUGGCUUCACACUUACGGUUAUAUCCCCGCCUGUUUCGUCUUUGCAAUCCUUCCGUUGUGUUUUUGCUUUUCAUAUGGAUGAAGAUCAGUUUUCAAACAGCAUGCAAAAAAAUGCAACAUUAUCUCACUGAAUUUUGAAAAAUGUUGAUGCGUAGACAGAGGAAGCUUUUUUUGUCAUGUCGCAUCAGAGGUUGCUCUGUUAUCUCCUUCCUGUACAAGAGCCAGUUUUGUGUUAUGGUUGACAUGGCAAAAGUUUUGCCAAUGCUGACGCUGCUAAAAGACACAUACUGAGGAGUAAAUUUAUUUCGUGCCUCAAUGCUGCUGGAACUAAUAAGCACUUUUUCCCCCCAACUUUUUCUUUUUAAAUUUCUUUAAAAACAGCACCUGUGUGGACAGGAACCCAGUCGUUCUGAAUAUCUUUUUGAAUGUGCAGUGGUUGGAGUGGCUAAAUUAUGCUGGUGUUGCUAACAAGACGAGCAACUUUACUGAGCAACUUGAUGCGCCACCGUUGGUAGCCUGCUGGAAUUGGACCAAAAACCCAACAUACAUGUGCACUAGGCCUAAAAUUCCUGAACAAUCUCAAACACACACUAAAGAAUUGAUGAAUCGCUGGUGCAAACCAAUGCUGAUGAAUUUCCUAGCAAGCACAACUCAGUUUAAGUCUAACAGGACUUGGUUGGUGUGGAUGAGGUGGAGGAAGCACAAUGAUGACCUCAGUGUUUCUAAAAUCCGGACUGCAGCUCUGACUUCUCAUCAAAUCUUCAACUUCUGCAGCAAAAUUGGUUCAAUAUGUGAUGCAGAAACACAUAAAAAUGCUCAAAUUGUUGCUAGCAUGGCAGACAUUUUCGACACAGAUAGAGCUCCAUCUUCAGUAUAUGUGUGAUAUUCUUGCUUCUUUUUUUUGUGCCUCUACAGUGGUUCCGUUGGGUUGCGCGAGGCCACGUCAGUAUUUAUUGUUGGACAUACAUUCCUGAGUGUGAUGCAUGAUGAUCCGCUCCUUCACUUUUCACUCCUUGCACAAGUUCGACCAGUGCCAAAUCCAUGAAUAAACAACCUCCAGUUUUAGAGAACUGAAGGUCGACUAACUUGACAAACCGUUUUUUCAACUCCCAGCUUCAGUUCGGGUCCUGCUGUCGUCGGUCAGGCUGCUUGUUGCUGUUUGUCCUCCCAGAGUAUUUUUAUGUGCCGUUUGUGAUAUUAUUUAAGGUCAUUUGCAUCUGUAAAAAAAAUAAAUAUUAUUAACAUUG